AUGUCUUCCAACGUUGGUCUUUCUACGCCACGUGGUAGUGGUACAUCUGGCUACGUCCAGCGCAACAGCGCAUUUCUCAAGCCCCGCGCCGCUGGAUUCGGAGCUCCAUACCCCCCCGUUUCCUCCUCAUCGAUCGACAAACCCUCAUCUGGGUUCAAGCAGCGUCAGCCCGAUAAGCAGAUCCUCGAGCACGACCGCAUGCGAGCAAUUGAAGUGAAGGUACUUGAAGAGCGGGAGCGGCUUGAAGAAGAGAAUGAAGACAGAGAGAAAGAUAAGAAGAUGCCGUUGGCCGAGGAGGAGAUUGAUGAAAAGUGUGAUGCACUCAGAAAGAAACUUAUGAAAGAGAUGGAGGAUGGCCCCGACGAGGGGCCUAAGGAGAGAAGACAAUUCAAGAGUUAUCAGGUGCAUGAACAGGCAGAGGCCAAGAUGCAGGAAAGUGAGAGGUUAAGGAAAGCUUUGGGGAUCAAGGAAGAUUGGGAGCGGCCAGAGUCGAGAGAGAAGGAUGGCAGUGGGGGAAGAAGAGAGCUGGCGCCGAGUUCUCGUCGGAGUCGCGAAUGA